AUGAGUAACUGCAUAAACGCACACCCCACCAAUGUCGUUUGCCCCAUCGAUGUCGCAAACGACAUUAACGCCUAUACGUUGGAGAACCCUAGCAAUAGUGGACGUUCAAAGAGAAUACCUGAACCGGACGUAGACACAACGCUUUGCGGCCGCGACGGGUCUCUGAGGGAGCGCCGUUGUAAGCUAUUCAAACUGACCAUGUUGGCAAUUGUACCCGGCAUAAUUAUUAUAGUUCGUGAUGCUAUGAAGGUCGCAAGUGACGUUCAGAAGACGAUAUGCCUCGAUUCGUUACCUGAUGUACGGCAACUCAAGAUCGCACUCGGCAGAGUUUGUACUAUCGUGGUAGAAGACCACUAUACGACGACUUUUCAACAAAACCGCGACGUACAGGAUAUAAUCCGGUUCAGCGUAGAAAUGAGUGACGUCGUACAUGCCAUGCAGAUAGAGCGGGGAACCACCGCCCUCUACGUGUCCUCAAAUGACGAUCCAUUUAUACGCUCGCGUCUCCUAAAGGUGUACCAAGACACAGAUGCUGCAAUAAGUAAUCUGUCGAAAUGGGUCAGCAUCGGCUCAAAGGAAUAUUUACAGACAAAGUAUAGUUUUCAGCGACAUAUCAGAGAGUUCAGAUCGUACCUCAACCCACGGAAACUUACGCUUAGUGAGGUGAUAAACUUCUACAGCAAUGACAACAGAGCCUUUAUCGCCAUGAUAGGACGGAGUUUGAACCUGCGUAAGCCAUUCGCUUUCUGGGUGGACCUGGCGUCCUAUCAGAACCUGAUCAUCAGCAAGGAACAGGCGGGGAUAGAGAGAGCUCUUGGUAGCACAUUCUUCGCUAGAGGUCAACUGCCGGACACUGAUCAUCAGUGGUACAUCGAGAAGCGUGUGCUGGGUGCCUACUUUCUGCAGCAGAGCCGCAUAUACUCCGAAUCAACUGACUCGAACAUCGACUCCCUUUUCGAAGAUACCGAUCUGCAUACACGAAUUGUAUCGAUGCAACAGCAGAUCAUAGACAACCAAGCGGUGGCGCCAUCAGUUGAGGUAGGGAAAGUCUGGUUCGACAACAUGACGGAAUACAUCGAUAUUCUGAAAAGUGUCCAGACCAGGAUUGCCAAUAGCAUUGUUCAGGCAGCUGCAGAUGAAAACUCUUCACUACUAGAAGCGAUGACGAUUAGCGCCGUUCAGUUUACAAUUGGCAUUGUGAUAGUGCCAGUUGUCAUUAUCCUAGUCCGAAAUAUAAUCAAACUUAUUAAAAAGAUCAAGAACUUCUCGCAAGAUCUGCAGGACAAAACUUGCGAGCUAGAGGCUGAAAAACAACGAACGGAAGGGCUUUUGUACCAGCUCCUUCCGAGAUCGGUUGCUAAGCAACUGAUGACUGACGGGAGCACUGUACCAGAGUCAUAUCUUUCCGCGACUAUUUUGUUUUCAGAUGUAGUUGGAUUCACUGCCAUUUCGAGUUCGAUAACACCGAUGCAAGUGGUGAACUUGUUGAAUAGCCUCUACAUGACCAUUGACAACAGGCUCAAAGAUUUCGAUGUAUACAAAGUUGAGACCAUAGGGGAUGGAUACAUGGUUGCGUCUGGUCUACCAAACCGAAAUGGCGAAAAGCAUGUGGCAGAAAUAGCAAGAUUGUCUCUAGAUUUAUUGAGGACUAUGCAGGAACAGCAGAUGCCACACCUACCGGACCAGAAGAUCUGCUUGAGAUUGGGUUUCAACACUGGGCCAGUGGCGGCAGGCGUAGUGGGAGUGAAGAUGCCGCGCUAUUGUAUAUUCGGUGACACGGUAAACACUGCAUCGCGAAUGGAGUCAACAGGAUUACCGUCGCGAAUACAGAUGACAGAGUCGUCUGCUGAGAACCUCAUGCACAUCGGAGGAUUCAUCGUUUUAGAGAGAGGCACUGUAAAGGUCAAGGGAAAAGGCAUUAUGAGGACAUACUGGUUAGACGGUGUCUCCAGUUAA